AUGAAGAAGAAUUCUAAAAAAGUACACAAAGUAGAAAAUUACAGUAAACCAAAAACUGAAAAUAGAGGAAAACCAUCAUAAUUAAAAAAUAUUUAAUUAGAAGCUCCUGAAAUAUGGACGAACUCGCCACCUUGUGUUCGUCUAGUCAAAUACUUAAGUGAUAUGGGAAGACAUAAUUAUUUACAUCAAGCAGGUAAACAUUCAAAUAAGGUUGACAACAAUAAGAGGUAAGAAAAUGAUUUGGAUACAAAGCUACGCUAUGAAUACGCCUAGGAAAUAGUAGAGAAAUUGUUUUCUAUCUAAUGUGAAUCCAAAAGAUGUUUCGUCUUUUUCUUUAGGAGUGUUGAUUAAGAAAAAGUGAUUUACGAUUUUUAGGAAUAUAUCCAAAAUCAAGAGUUCUUAUUCAUUAUACAUUUGAUUUAGCCCCUAUUAUCCUAAAAAUUCAUUGAAGAUCUUAUCUCCAUCUUGAAUUCACAAGACAAUUCAAGUUCUGCAGUUGAUCUGCUAUUAUAAAGUAAGGAUGAUCCUUCAAAAUAUUCACACAUAGUUUAAAAUUUUUUUAUUUAGAAAUAACUCCAAACAGGGCUGGAUAAGAAAACAAAUAAACCCAAUAUUGAAGAGGUAAUAAAUGAAUUUGAAGAAUUUUUAAAAGAUCCUUAAACUAACUAGUUAGUUUAUGAUUUUGUUAGUGAAAUAUUAAGAAUAUUUUAAUCUUCAACAGCUUAUCUACCAGACAUAAAUGAAAUGUGUGAGGUUGUUAAUGAUUUUUAGUGCAUAUAUCAAUGA